AUGGAUAUCCAGGAGACCCAACGUCUCCUGUCCGAGUACCUCCAAGGACUCGCCAAUCUUUUCCAUCGACUCCCUGGAUCAGCAAUUUUCCUACGAUACGUGAAGUCCAGUUACCAAAAUGAUCCCAUUCGUUCCGCUGUCGAAUUGUUCCUGUUCCUUUUCGCAGUGCGGUACCUGCUCGCUCCGAAAUACUCCACCAAGCCUGGCGUCGUGCCCUUAUCGGAAGAUGAGAUUGAUGACCUUGUGGACGAGUGGACACCUGAGCCUCUUGUCGGCGAGCCAUCAAGUCUGGAGACGAUGGAGGUGGAGAAGCGAACCGUGAUUACUGGCCCGAUCGGCCCUAAAUCGAAGCUCGCCAAUGGACGCACCGUUAUGAAUCUCGGAUCCUUUAACUUCUACAACUUCAACACGAACGAGGCGCUCAAGGAGCAAGCUAUCCAGACGCUCCGUAACUACGGUGUCGGGCCCUGUGGCCCCCGUGGUUUCUACGGUACUCAAGACGUUCACCUGAAGACUGAGGCUGAUGUGGCAUCUUUCUUGGGCACCGAGGCGUGCAUUGUCUAUUCACAGUCCUUCUCGACCAUUUCCAGUGUCAUCCCGGCCUUUUCCAAGCGUGGAGACAUUAUCGUGGCGGAUAGGGGCGUCAGCUUUGCUAUUCGGAAGGGUAUCCAGAUCUCGCGCAGUACGGUCCGCUGGUACGAACACAAUGAUAUGGAAGACUUGGAGCGUGUGCUUGCCAAGGUCACCAAGGACCAGGCACGCAAGCCGUUGACUCGGCGAUUCAUUAUUACCGAAGGUCUUUUCGAGACGUCUGGCGAUAUUUCGAACCUGCCAAAGAUUAUUGAACUGCGUCUCAAGUAUAAGUUCCGCCUGAUCCUUGAUGAGACAUGGUCCUUUGGUGUUUUGGGUCGCACUGGCCGUGGUAUCACAGAACACCAAAAUGUGGAUGCUGCGGAGGUUGACAUGAUCAUUGGAUCUCUGGCUGGUGCCAUUGUGGGUGGUGGAGGCUUCUGUGCUGGAUCUGAAGAGAUUGUGCACCACCAGCGUAUCUCAUCGUCGGCGUAUACUUUCUCUGCGGCUCUUCCUGCUCUUCUUUCUACCACCGCCAGUGCCACUAUCAAUCUUCUCCAGAACAAUCCUGGGCUUAUCGAACAACUACGUGAUUAUACCAAAGUUAUGCGAGCGCAGUUGGAUCCUCGCAGCGACUGGGUUUACUGCACCAGUGCUCCCGAGAACCCCAUUCUCAUCUUGGCCAUCAAGCCGGAGGUUGUGGCAGCCAAGAAGCUCACUGAAUCUGAUCAGCAGUUCUUGCUGCAAGAUGUCGUUGAUGAGUGCCUUGUCAAUGGUGUUCUUAUCACUCGUCUGAAGUCCCUCGAGGAUAACUUCGAGCCCAAGCAGAUUGUCGCUCCUGCACUGAAGGUGUGUGUCACCAUUGGCCUUGCCAAGAAAGAGAUCGAGAGCGCUGGCAAGAUCAUUCGCCACGCCAUCACCAAGGUGAUGAAUAAAAAGAAGUAG